AUAAUUUGAUCUUAAUAUAUCGCACGUCCCUAGUAAUAUUUCAAUUCUUGUGUUUUAAAAAUACUUAAUGUCAAAGCAGAAGUUUUCAAAUUAUUAAAAGGAUAAAUUAUUAGUAAUAUACAUGGAUCUUUUUCGAAAAGUAUUUGGGAUGGAUCGUAAUGAGGAUCAUAAUCAAUUUAGAAAAGACCCUCGAGUGAGUGAUUAUGAUAGUAAUGAUUUUUAUUCUGAGGACCCUUUUAGCAGAAGAAGCUUUGAUGUGCUCUCGGAUCCCAUACAAAUGCACAGAUAUUUUGAGCAACAGUUGAGUGAUGUCCUGAAAAUAUUUGGCUUAUAUAGAAAUAGUGAAUUUUCAAUUGGAAUUCCAAAUUCACCUCUAGAUGAUUGGUCACAAACACCUCCAAGUGGACCCAGUGAAAAUCCUGAAAAUUUACGUGAUCAGUUUCUAAAACCAGGUUAUGAGAAACCAGUAAAAAAUUAUUCUGAUAUGGUUGAUAGAGAUUUGGACGAAAGUGUGAAAAAUGGAAAUGUAAGUAAAGUAUUGGAGGGAAAAUUUGGCAAUGAAGUUAUGCCUUAUGAGAAGCAGAAACCUAAAAGCUUCUUCUUUGGAACUAGUCAAUCCAUAAGGACCAUACAAAAUCCUGAUGGGUCUAUAGAGACUCAUAGAACCACUAGAGAUAAUGAAGGCAAUGAAGAAACUACAGUAUGUCAUAAAAUUGGAAACAAAGAAUACUGUGUAAUAAAAAAAAAGAAUAAAUAUGGCAAAGAGGAAGUAUCAGAAAAUUUUGUUAAUAUAGAUGAAAAAGAAAAAGACAUAUUUACCAAACCUAAAAAUAAUCAGCCCAGUGGACAUCCAUACAGUACUUCUGAUUUCUGGAGCAAGUUCUUCUAGUUUGAAAUAAAUGACCAACAGUGGGACAGCAGUUUAUACAGAUUAUUGCAAAUUAUGUUACUUUUAUUAAACAGUAGCAGAAUAAUUUAUUUUUUGCUAUUUGUUAAUAGAAUUUCUUGAAAUAUAUUUUAUUUAAAAAAAAA